AUGGAUCCACAAUAACAUAAAAUAGUCGAUAUCUUAUUUGAAGAAAUAGAUUCCACUUAAACACAUGCUACAAAGGAAUACUAAAACCUUUAUAAAGGUUAAAUCACUGUUUUAAGAGCAUUACAUCAAACUGCCGGUAGAGGUUAGUUUGAUAGAAAAUGGGAAUGUUAAUCAAAAAGAAACAUCUUAACUACAAUAAUCUUCCCUUAUUUUACCAAUUUAUAGUAUUUAAAGAAUAUUACUCCAGUUAUUGGAUACACAAUAGUGAAACUCUAUAAGGAACUAUACAAUUUAGAUGCUGAAUUGAAGUGGGUCAACGACAUUGAACUUAACUCAAAAAAAUCAGGUGGAAUCUUAACAGAAUCAGAAUAAAUAGGGGAUGAAUUGGUAUUAUAUGUUGGAAUAGGUCUUAAUGUGAAUUGGUGUAUCUAAGGAGCUACAUGUCUUGAAGAAAAUACAGGUAAAGAAGUUGAUCAAGAAGAAUUAUUUUAGAAAUUAAGAGAAAGAGUAAUCAAAACCUUGUAUUAAUUGAAUGAACAUGGUUUUGAAAUGUUUAGAGAAGGAAUCAAUUAGAUUUUAUAUAGAAAAGGAUAAUUAUGUGACUUUGUAGAUUCCAAAACUUUAGAAAUAGUUUAUUCAGGAAUUGUUGAGGAAUUGAACAAGAAUGGAGACCUUAUUAUUAGAGGUCAAGAUGGAUUAUCUAGAGUGGUAGAUCCAAAUGUGAGAAUGAAAUAUGAUAUACAUAUUUCAUAUUAAAGAAAAAUAAUUAUUUUUUAAAAUUUAUAUUAAAAUGAGAAUUUUAAAAAAUUAUUUAAACUUCUACUUAUAUCAUAAUAUAUUUAAAUGGUUUACAAAUUAUUAAAAAUUAGUAUAAACAAACUAUGGGAGAUGAGUUUUAGCAACAGAUUUAGUAGUAUUGAUACAAGUUGAUAUUACAAAGAAGCUAGCUGAAAUUCAUCAUACUCAACAAACUAAUAGAGAUUUAUUAUAAAAUUUUGCUAGAUUUUGUAAUUGUGUGGGUAUGAUUACAAAUACUUAAAAAGUAUAAUAAUUUAUUUCAGGAUUGUGUUGCUUUGAUUUAUAUUACUUUUCCUUAUGAUAAUCAAGUGG